ACACAUGACAAACAAGUAGUGUUGUUUAAAAAUAAGUGGACUAAACAAACAAUUGUUUGAAAUGCAUUAAUUUCGCUAACUAAACUAUUAAUCGAAUAGUGAGCGUAUAUUAAAUUGCAUUAAUUAUCUUGCAUUUAUUCUAGCAUUUAAAAUGUUGCCAAGAGAAAUUAUAGAAAGAAUAUUAAUAAAAUGCGACGGUCGAUCUCUUCUCAAUGCUAGGAAAGUGGACGAAAACUGGAAAGAUAUAGUAGAUUAUUUAACGGAUCGAACAAGAAUUUGGGAGUGGUGUUGCAAAGAAGAAAUACCUGCAAAUGAACUUAUCGAUUAUUUACAACAGCACGAGGAAAACGAGUUUCAGAAAUGGUUAAACAUUUAUAUAAAUUGGUAUUCGUGGCAAACGCCAAGUAGAAUGUUUUGUGAUACAAUCCCAGUUCCUCUUGAGAUGCCGAUGCCUACUUUAACGAGCAUUGCAGUUUCACGGAACUUCAUAGCAGUCGGUAGUAGAGACGGUAGAAUUUCGAUUUUUACAGCAAAGUGGAAGAAAAUACUUGUUGAGAGAAUUUUAGCUGUAAGAAUAAAUAGUCUGACUUUUCUAGAAAGUACUCAUACAUCCGUAGCGGUCAAUAUAACUAUAUUAGUUCAUUACGAAUAUGGUCUCUACAUAUUUUUUUUCGAUGGUUUCACUACCAGUAGUACAACCUUUCAUGAUGUUGUGUCUUACAGCGUUUAUAAAAAUUACAUUUGUUAUGAAAAAGUUGGAGGCAGAAUGACGAUAGCUAAAUUGGUAAACAACGGAGGCAAAAUAGAAUUUGAGGAGAUAUGGUUUUCUAGAAUCUACUCACCAUCUAAUUUGUCUUGCAUGAAAAUGUGGGAAGGUGUUUGCACGUUUUUAAUAAACAAUGAAGUGAAAAUUUAUGAAUAUGGCAAUUCUGCAAAACCAGUGGAUAUGAUGAAGAAAAAGACGAAAAUUACUUUCAUAAAUCCUUUAAAUACUUUAAAACCCAGUCUGUAUAUUUUGAGAAAUGAUAUCAUUGUAAGGAUAAAUUGCAGCAGAAUGGAGCUGAACGAUUCUGACGACCUAAUUGAGUUUUUUUUAUUGAGUAAAGAUGGGCAGUGCAGCAAAAAGGUUUUUAGCCCUUGGCAAAUAUUUUACUGCUUCAUAACUUGCAUAUACCUCUAUGGAAAUACAUUGGUUCUAGGAACGGAUACAGGAAUUAUAUAUAUUUACAACGUUUCGCAUUGGAAAAAUUUAGAUCUAAGAAAAUACGACUACAAAUUCAUCUUAGGACAACAUCCUAUAAUCGGCGUUAAUGUAAAAGAAACCAAGCAAGAGAGAAGAUUUUACGUAUUAUCUCCUUUCGCAAUACACGAGGUAUAUGGUUAUUUGCCAAAUGUUUAUUAAUUAAUUAUUUUUGAAUACUAAAUAUUGUAAAUUCUGCUAAAAUUGUGCCAGAGGAUUAAUGUUAUAUGCAUGUUCGAAUUCUAACGCUUACAGUUACCGAAUGUCAUAUUGUUAUAAGCAGGUAGUUUUCUUCUCACUGAAAUUAAGCAUUUGAAUUCGAACCUGUCAGUUCUAUAGUUAAGUGUGAUAUUUUUUGAUUGUUUGUUGGUUUGACUGUUGAUACUGUCUCGACAUUUUUACAUUUUUUUUUAGUUUUAUAUAGUUUUUAUAUAAGGUAUAUUGUAAGACAUUGAUCGUAGCUAAAAAAGGAGAUGAUAUCUAAUCUAUAGGAGUAUUCCUCGACAUUGGUUCUAUAUAAUUGUUAAAUUUUGAAUACCAAAGAGUAGAUCUUGAUUUUAUAUAAUGUUUUAAUAUUGAAUGUUUCCAAAGUAUUAAGUAUCGUGUUAAAUAUUUUUGUGUUUUAAUCUAAUGUUUGAUAUAUCCAAUUGUAAGCUUAAUAAGACUUACAACUACUAUGUAUAAUAGAUGUUUCACAG